AUGGCUUCCCUCAGCAUCGCAAAUGUUGAAUUUUGCCUUGAUGUGUUUAAAGAGCUAAACAGCAACAAUAUAGGAGACAAUAUCUUCUUCUCCCCACUCAGUCUGCUUUAUGCUUUAAGUAUGCUCCUCCUGGGAGCCAGAGGAAACUGUGCGGAGCAGAUCGAAAAGGUACUUCACUUUAAUCAUAUUGCAGAAUCAUUAAAACCAGAGUUUAAGGACUCAUCUAAGUGCAGCCAGACCGGAAGAAUACAUCCAGAGUUGGGAGUCCUAUUCUCUCAACUCAACCAGCCAGACUCUAACUAUACCCUCAGCAUCGCCAACCGACUCUACGGGACAAAGGCAAAGGCCUUCCAUCAGCAAUAUUUAAACUGUUCUGAGAAACUUUAUCAAGCCAGACUGCAAACCGUUGAUUUUAAACAGGCUACAGAAGAAACCAGGAAAAUUAUUAAUGCUUGGGUUGAAAGUAAAACUAAUGGAAAAGUCAGAAACCUCUUUGCCAAGGGUGCGAUCGAGCCCUCGUGCGUGAUGGUGUUGGUGAAUGCCAUAUACUUCAAAGGAAAAUGGCAAAAUAAAUUUCAAGAGAGGGAGACAGUUAAAACUCCUUUCCAGCUAAGUGAGGGUAAAAGCGUAAUUGUGGACAUGAUGUACCAAACAGGAACAUUUAAACUGGCCUUCAUAAAGGAGCCUCGGAUGCAAGUCCUGGAGCUGCCCUACAUUAACAAACAACUGAGCAUGAUUAUUCUGCUUCCAGUCGGCACGGCUGACCUAGAACAGAUAGAAAAACAGCUGAACCUGAAGACCUUUUCCGAGUGGACCAGCACGUCUAACAUGGUGGAAAGGGAAGUUGACGUACACAUCCCCCGGUUCAAACUGGACAUCAAGUAUGAGCUGAAUUCCCUGCUCAAGUCCCUGGGGAUGACAGAUGUCUUCAGCCAGAUCAAAGCAGACCUUUCUGGAAUAUCCCCAGGAAAGGGCCUGUACUUGUCAAAGGUCAUCCACAAGGCCUAUGUGGAUGUCAAUGAAGAGGGCACAGAGGCAGCGGCCGCCACUGGGGAAAACGUCGUGGUAAAAAGACUCCCCAUCCGGGCUCAGUUCAUGGCGAAUCACCCCUUCCUGUUCUUCAUAAGGCAUGUUCGUACCAACACCAUUCUCUUCUGCGGCAAGCUCACCUCUCCCUAG